ACGUAUAUGCCUUUAUCAACUGACUGAAACUCGUCAGUACAGUGAGAUAGCUCAGCGUGAGAAGAUUGAAGCGACGUUGAUAGGAUGAUCCUUUUCUUACCAAUCUUGCUAUCGCUGGCAAGCUUAGCCCAGGGAUCAGUAUUUUUAAGUCAUCCUCCUUUAGAAUACACUCCUGGAAAUAGCCUUGAUGGUGAAUAUUGUUUUAAUUUUCAUAGUUUUGGGGAGGCUCAUUGGAUUUUUAAUAUUGCAGAAUGUGUGCAACGUUUCCCAUACAAUCAGUAUACACGUGGGACUGAACGAACCGCAUCCGGCGGGUUUCCGGCUCUCACAGGAGAGUUUCAACACAUGGCCGCGAUCGGGUGGACAAGAACGUAUUACAACGGCUACCCAAAAAUCGAUUAUCUUUGUGGAGGCAGUUUAAUAACUUGGAAGUUUGUUUUAACAGCCGCUCAUUGUUCUGCUGACCCAAACAACAUUCCUCCAAAUACAGUACGAUUGGGAGACACAAACCUUGCUAGCUUCAAAGAUGACAAGUUCGCACAACAAAUUCCAAUCGCACGCUUUAUCAAACAUCCGCAGUAUCGAUGGUCGCGAAAGUACUACGAUAUUGCCGUUGUUGAACUCGAGGAGUGCGUUAAACCAAACAGUGCUAUUUGUGUUGCGUGUCUAUGGCGUGAACCAAACGAUCCGGGAGGCGUACUGGACGCGGUGGGCUUUGGUGCUACGGAGUUUGCAGGAAGCCUGAGCUCAACCCUACAGAAGGUAAAACUACAGACCCUAAACAAGACAAUAUGUGCUGAACGUUUUCGAACCAUGCGACGCGAAAUGCCGGAAGGCUUGCGUGACGAUCAACUGUGUGCACAUAGUGCAACCAUGGACACGUGUGAGGGCGACUCGGGAGGCCCACUGCAAACGGAUCGAACCGAUUUGUUCGGUAAUAUCUUCCCAAUGGUGUUAGGUGUGGUUUCGUUUGGAACUCCUUGCACUAAUGGGUCAAUGGGAGUAUACACCAGGGUUAGCUCGUACCUGGAUUGGAUCGAGCAGGAAGUACAUCAGUCGCUUAGCUACCAAGCCUGUGCUGCAGUGAACGUUUGCCAACGCAAACUGUACCCAUCCUUGUAUGGUAAUAUAGAUAGGAAAUGGAAAAAAAGUCGCGUUGGGCUGCUGUGGCAGGAAUACGAAACGGACAUCCAUCAGUGCGGUGGACUCCUGGUUGACUACCAGUUUGUUAUCACAUCGGCGAGCUGUGUAACUUCCAGUAAAGGACCUCCAAGAUACGUAGCCCUUAGCUCUGAUAGCACUCGUGCUGCAAUAGAAGCAGUGACUGUUCAUCCAUGGUUCACAAAGGGCACCCCGUAUUUUGAUAUUGCCGUUAUAAAGCUACGAGUGUAUGCUAAUUUAGAUGAUAUAUAUCCAGCUUGUAUAUGGUCGGAGUCGGUGCACGGUGAUUGGAGAACUCCUAACAUUCUGGUAGGAGCUUCUUAUCUGGAAAAAGCACGUGAUUUAUACACCAGGAAAUUGGUACAAGACUAUGUUGAAGGCGAAGACUGCAUUCUAGGAGAAAAUUUUGAUUACAACGAUUUUAGCUGGUCGGUGUACGGUGAUUGGAGAACUCCUAACAUUCUGCUAGGAGCUUCUUAUGUGGAAAAGGCACGUGAUGUGUACAUCAGAAAAUCGGUACAAUACUAUGUUAAUGGCGAUAAUUGCAGUGUAGGAGAAAAUGUUGAUUACAACGAUCUUAGCUGCAUCAGUAAGGAUGCUACGCUAGUGCCAGGAAUAUGCAAGAUUGACCAUGGAGGUCCAGUAAAGAAAGAAUCCGACCCUGAACAGUACAUCGUACAUGGUAUUGUGUCCAGUUUGACGCAGGGCUGUGAAGGUAAGGUGAUCUUCACCAGUUUGGCACCUCACCGACAAUGGUUGGAGGAGAUCAUGUACAAACCGCAGCAAGAGAUGCUAUGGAUGUAGUGUAGUCUGAACAGAAUAAUAAAAGGUAAAAUACUAUAGCUGAACUAAAACAAUUCAAUUGUCG